AUGGGUUGUUGGGAGGCGAAUUGGUUAGCGAGUUGGUUAGCGAGCUGGCAAGCUGGCAAGCUGGGCAUUAAGCAGAUGCUCUGGUGGCGGGAUUGGACAGGCCUGGGCACGAACAUGCAACAGUUUCUCCCUGUGACCGCCCAACCGCCGCCUUUUCGACGAGGGUUGAAGACUUUUAGCCUGAAGCCUGGCCAGAUGAGGAAUGAGCAGCGUGAACAAGCGCCGAGGGUUUGCGCGAGACGGGUCCAGCACAUGAUCGGUGAAGAGACCCUUGCUGCCUUGCAGACAUGGGUUGUGGCUUUGGAUGCAUGGGUUUGGUUUUGGUGA